UGUGUCAGUUAUUCGUUUUCACGUAGUUUUUAUAAUAAACAGUCUAAAAUGUCAUACAUUUCGUUAUCUUCUGGACCAAAUAUGGAAAAAAUAAAUUUAACAACUUUAAAUGUUGGACAACUUACAAUGCUGAAACAACAAUUGGAUCAUGAUCUUAGUGUUCUCCAAGACUCAUUACAAACGUUAAAAAUUGCUCAAAGCAAAUUUCAAGAAUCAGGAUCAUGCCUUGAAAAGAUUAAUCCAGCCACAGAGGGUAAUGAAAUUCUUGUACCACUGACUGGAUCAAUGUAUGUAGUUGGUAAACUAGUGAAUACUGAUAGUGUUCUAAUUGAUAUUGGAACUGGCUAUUAUGCUCAAAAGCAUAUUACCGAUGCAAAGGAUUACUUUGACAGAAGAGUAGCUUAUGUAACUGAACAAAUGGAAAAAAUUCAACAGCUGGGUCUCGAGAAAAGUAAAAUAAGAGAUGCAACAGUGGAUGUAAUAGAAGUGAAACGUAAAAAUCAGACACCAAAGGAAGAUUCAAAGCGCGAAUAAAGUAUCU